GUUCGUUUGCAGCGGCAGCGGUCCGCGCAUGCUCUGUGGGGGUCGGCGGCCGGCUCCCGGGUCAAAGGCCGAAGCGAUCGACAGUCGCCCAAAGUCGCUUCACUCGAAAGGCGAAGACGCCGCCGGGAUGUGGUACGAGGUUUUGCCCGGAGUCGCUAUCAUGUAUGGCGCUCUCUGCGUUCCUGGCAUUGCCACCUUCUAUCUUCACAAGUUGGCGUGCGGUCGGAAGGAAAAAAGGACUGCCCGUUUGCCUUACCAGUGGUCCCUGAUGGAAAGAGAUCGAAGGUUAUCUGGCUCUAAUAAGUAUUACAAGUCGAAGGGUUUGGAAAACAUCAACUGAUGGACUAUUUAACCUCAAACAAUGGGACCGUAAAUUCUAGACAGGAUUCUUGCUAAAACCUUAGAUUUGUUUCCUCUGUGUUUCAUAAGGUACAUUAAAUAAAACUAAAUAAGUCUGCUUAUCUACUUUAUUGUGAUCUAUGAAGAGAACAUUGAAUGUUUUCAUGACAAUAAAAACAAACUGGCAACAUAA